AUGGACUUCUAUGAUGAUCACGGAAAACCAUUGUUUUCAAAGGCUACCGAUAAACAUGAUCAAGAUGAAUUGGCUGAUCGAUCAAACUCCUCGUGCCGCUGUCCGCCAAUAGCUAUUGUGGGUAUGGCUUUGCGGCUUCCUGGAGGUGUGAGGACUACCGAUGAAUUCUGGGAUAUGCUCAUUAACAAAAAGACUGGCCAUUGUGAAAUCCCUGGGAACAGAUUCUCGGUUGAUGCCUUCUACAGCGAGACACGAACUCAUUCUGUUAGAACCAAACAUGGAUACUUCCUCGAAGAAGAUCCUGCCGAUUUUGAUCCUGCUUUCUUCUCUGUCCCACUGCGCGAAGCUUCUCGAAUGGACCCUCAGCAGCGAAAACUACUGGAAGUUGUGUGGGAGUGUUUGGAGAGCGCAGGAGAGACAAGUUGGCGAGGCAAAAAUAUCGGCUGCUACGUCGGGGUCUUUGGUGGUGACUGGCUUAGUCUAGCAGACAGAGACCCAUUGGCAACUGAUCGAUACUAUGCAAUUGAAACAGGAGAUUUCGCCUUGUCAAACAGAAUAUCCUACGAGUACGACUUUUGUGGACCGAGCAUGACACUAGAAACAGGCUGUUCAUCAUCGAUGACAGCAUUACAUGAGGCAUGUCAAGCGCUUUGUUUGGGACACUGCUCGUCGGCUAUUGUCGCCGGAACAAAUUUGAUCCUGUCGCCAACCAUGAUGACAUCGAUGUCGGAGAACCUGGUCAUUUCACCGAGCGGAAUGUGUCGCAGCUUCGAUAAUGCGGCUGAUGGAUACGGAAGGGGAGAGGCCGUAAACGCUAUCUACAUCAAAGUCUUGAGCGAUGCUGUUAAAAACAAUGAUCCGAUUCGAGCUGUGAUUCGAGCGACAGCUACGAACAGUGACGGCAAAACACCGAAUAUCACUACUCCCGGUGUACAUUCUCAACGAAGCCUUAUAGAGACAACAUACAGAAGAGCAGGUAUUGCUAAGUUGUCAGACACUGGUUACUUCGAAUGCCAUGGCACAGGAACGCAGGUAGGCGAUUCAGCCGAAGUCUCGGUUAUCGCUCAAUUAUUUGGAAAGAACGGGAUUAAAAUAGGCUCGGUCAAACCCAACGUGGGCCACUCAGAAGGGGCGUCCGGCAUUACAAGCAUUAUCAAAAGUGUGCUGUCCUUGGAGAAAAGGGUUAUCCCUCCAACCAUUUGUCGGAGUCCAAAUCGCGAUAUACCCUUCGAAGAAGGAAAGCUUCGUUUGCCCUCAGAACCAACGCCCUGGCCCCAGAGCUGCCAGGAAAGAGUUAGUGUCAACUGUUUCGGGAUUGGGGGAUCAAAUGUUCACGCAAUAAUUGACUCCUACUCCUCAACUGUCAAAGCUCGUGCCGACGAAACCACGCGAAGGGAGAAUAGAGCCGAACUUUUGGUGUUGUCAGCAAGCAACGAAGACAGCUUGCAGGCUCGCAUAGCCAGUUUCACAGAGUUCGCAAACACAAAUACUGCCACACUUUCAGAUCUUGCUUAUACCCUUCGAGACAGACGUGUACAUUUGCCCAACCGGGCUUUUGUUAUAGCACGUCCCAACGACUUUAUCGAUGCCUCUGCGUUUCAGAUUUCUGAAGCGAAAGAUCGCCUCACCAUUCUUGUCUUUUCUGGACAAGGUGCUCAAUGGCCUGGGAUGGGAAAGGCUUUGAUGAGUCGAUUUAUAGAUUUUCGGACUUCGAUCGAUGAGAUGGACGGCAUACUGCAGAGUCUGCCUGACAGGCCCGAUUGGUCUUUAGCGGAUGAGAUAACUAACGAGCCUAACUCUCGUAUUCACGAAGCACAGAUAUCGCAACCGUUAUGCACUGCCUUCCAAAUUGGACUAUACCACGUGCUAGCGAACCUUGGCUUGAAAGCGUUAUACGUGGUAGGGCAUUCUAGCGGAGAAAUAGCUGCGGCGUAUGUGGCAGGAGCAAUCACAAUGAGAUGCGCCAUUAUAUUGGCAUAUUACCGCGGGGUAGCUGCAAAGCUUGAGCAAGGCCGCGGGUCAAUGUUUGCUGUCAGUCUCAGCUCGCAAGAGAUAGGCCCUUACCUGAGAGAAGGUGUUGUCAUUGCUUGCAUCAAUAGCCCGAAGAGUGUAACCCUUUCUGGCGACAAGCACGAACUGGAAAGGACCAUUCAGUAUAUCAGGCAGCAAAACCCCGAGACACUCUGUAAGAUGCUGAAAAUAGAUGUGGCCUAUCACUCCCAUCACAUGAUGCGCUGCGGCCGCUUUUAUGAAUCUUUGAUAGCACCACACAUAGAGCACCCGUCGACGCAUAUGCUUCCUCUCGCGUCAAGCGUGACUUGCUCUAUUAUCGAAGACCCCGUCGAGCUGGGAUCUUCCUACUGGCGUCGGAACUUGGAAUCCCCGGUGGUAUUUCAAGGUGCCAUCGAAGCAAUUUUGAGAAAAGAGCCACGAUCGCAAGUGACUUUGGAAGUUGGUCCUCACUCUGUGUUGUCAGCCCCAUUGAAGCAGAUAUGGAGAGAGCAAGCGUCCGGUCAGAACCACGUUUAUGUCCCAACUAUCCUGCGCGGCGGUAAGGACGCAGAGAUUCAACUCCUAGAGACUACCGGCCUUCUUCAUUGCAACGGCGUCCCCAUAAACUUCGAACUAGCAGGUUCCGAAGCAAAUGGAAAGGUAGUCACAGGGUUGCCACUGUAUCCUUGGGCACGGGGGAAAGCUCAAUGGCAAGAGAGUCGUGUGGUACGCGACUGGAGGUUCAAUGGGGCCAUGCAUCAUGAGCUCCUGGGUUCUCGCGUGUCAGAGAUGUCCGAGCUUGAGCCGACAUGGAGAAACUUACUCUCUCUUUACAGUGUUCCUUGGAUAUGUGAUCAUGUUCUGCAAGGAAGUGUGGUUUUUCCGGCCGCAGGCUAUAUUGCCAUGGCAGGAGAAGCGAUACAGCAACUGUUUCCCGCAACAGAAGGUUUCGCGAUCAGGAACCUCAUUCUCAAGGCUCCCUGGGUAUUGGAAGGGAGUACAAUCUUUGAGGUUAUUACCAGCUUCAAACCCACCAAGUAUUCCGACAUGGAAGACUCAGAGUGGUAUUCCAUGUCCGUUAUGGUCCACGACGGCAUUUCAUGGACUAAACACUGCCAAGGGCAGGUGAGACCGGAGUCAGCUGCGCGUCAACAUGCCGAGCGACCACAGACUCAUCCUCGUUUUGUCGAAUUCGGAAGCUGGUAUGAUGCUCUGAACAAAAGAGGGCUCAACUAUGGCUCGCGGUUUCGAGGUCUCAGGGAAAUAUCAGCAGAUCCACUUGCGCUCACUGCGGUAGCAUCAAUCGUGGAUGAUGCAUCUGAACACGAUAGCAGAUAUUUUGUUCACCCUACCUCCAUAGACCACUGUCUACAACUACUGAGCGUCGCCCAGUCCAAUGGGCUCAUGCGUCGCUUGCCUGGACUGGCAAUUCCAGCCUCUAUAGGGGAGAUCUACGUCACCCAUGGGGAUAAGCAUAUGAAUGUUCAUGCUGCAAUCAACCCUAGUGUUUUUGAAAAGCGACUAGGGAACGUAAAUAUGUGUGCAGACAGCCAUGUGAGACUGUCAAUGCAAAAAGUCUUCUUGUUCACCUUGGAUGAUGAUGGUCUCUACAACGAUCCUGUUGUUCCAUUAGUCGCGCGGAUGGAGUGGUCGAAAGAUAUAGACUUCCUACUUUCUGAUCAGUUGCUAAUUGAGAGAGCUCCAAUGUACUCUGGUGAGACAGCAGCGAGAGUGGUACGGGCGAUGGGCAAAAUCGCCAUUCUUUAUAUCCUAAAUGCCGCAGACAUUGUGGGGUCCAUCACCCCGAGUUCUGGCCAUAUGAAGAAAUGGAAAGAUCAUAUCACAGGCCAGGCUCGCAACGUUGCGGAAGGUAAAGAAACUAUCUUCGCAGGGUCCCAGGAAUGGGUGUUUAUGGGAGCCGACAAGAGAAAAGACCUCAUUCGUGAGACCUUGGAGGAUAUCAAGCCCAUACCACAAGAAUGGACCGUCCUCCCCACAAUGCUUCAGCGGGUCUAUGAGAACUGUGAGCAGUUUUUGCUCGGUAUAGUCUCUCCACUAGAUGUCUUCCUCGAGGACAACAUACUCGAAAGGUAUUAUGCUGUCACCCCGCCACAACAGACGAAAGACUUCCUGUACUUGUUGGGCAAAACAAACCCUGGACUUCGUAUCCUCGAAGUUGGGGCGGGGACUGGAUGUGCCACUUCUGAAGCACUGAAAUAUCUCCAGACGCCGGAUGGUGUUCGACUCUACUCGUCAUACACGUUUACUGACAUAACACCUGGCUUUUUUGCCACUGCCGCGGACAAGUUCAAGGACUAUAGUGGCCUCGAUUUCAGAACUCUCGAUAUCACCAAACCACCCGCCGAGCAAGGAUUUGAGCUACAUAGCUUUGACCUGGUCAUCGCAUCUAACGUCUGUUUCUGUCCACUCCGUUACCUCCACAUGUACAUCUCAUUGCUCGGUUCUCACAACACAACGUCUGAACAGGCUUUGCAUGUUACUCCGAUACUUCAGACCUCGUUGAAAAGUGUGCACGACCUCCUACGUCCAAAUGGGCGUUUGUUGCUACAUGAGCUUGACCCCAUGCUGACUGUCCCAUUAGCAAUCUGGAUCAUAGACUUUUUGAUGCUCAAAUGCGUGCCUCUGUGGAGCAUCUCGGCUAAUGAUUUAUUACCCGAUCAGGGAGUAUUCCCUGGAUGGUGGCUCGGAGAAGAGGCAGAUAGGCAACAGAGACCGUACGUAUCACCUGGGAGAUGGGAUAUAGAGCUCAAGCAAGCAGGUUUUACCGGGAGUGAGGCUGCAGUCUACGACAAUCAACGCCCAUUCCACACGAACUUUACCAUGCUAUCGAGACCUUUAGAGUGCAAAACGAUACAACGGGGCUCGGUGCAUCUUCUGCGCAGUGGGCCUGAGGGCAUCUGGGCACAGGGCCUGCGUAGAUGUCUUGUGCAGAAUGGCUACUGUGUGACCUCUGGUGGCAUGGGAGAAGAGUAUCCUAGUGGCGCUCUUGUUGUUUCUCUCCUCGAUCAUGACGAGCCUUUCUUAUACAACAUCACAGAUGAAGCCUUUGGGUUACUGCGAGACGUUGUCCAGAACAUUGGUGGAGGUGCGAUACUCUGGCUUACGCAUCCAUCCCAUUUGAGCUGCCCGGACCCUCGUUUCGGUCUCGUCCAUGGCUUUGCACGCACCAUGCAACAGGAGAACGAUAUAUCUUUCACGGUGUUUGAGAUUGAUUGUUUUAACUUCAAAGCAUACUCAUAUAUUUUGCGCUUGAUCGAGAAAAUGGGGCAGGCAAAACAACUCUCUUGCACAAGCAUCGACCUGGAGUAUGCUCUGCAUCAAGGCGACGUGUAUGUCAGUCGUUGUCAUUGGCCUGUGAAGGGCACCUCGAUAUCCCCAAUGGAGGAAAAGAAUAACAUGUGCAAGAAGCUCGAUAUCUCUGCAUAUGGCCUCUUGGAUACCCUGCAUUGGUGUGAUACGAUCAACCCCUCGCUAGGAGACGAUGAAGUUGAAAUUGACGUCCUUUACGUUGGAUUGAAUUUUAGGGAUCUGAUGGUUGCCAUGGGGCUGGUUGGUGACCGGUGUAGUUUAGGAUUCGAAGCGGUUGGUGUCGUCCACCAGGUUGGGCCGCAAGUGUAUGGGUUUCAGCCCGGAGACAGAAUAUGCUUUACUCAGAACGGGCUCUUUGCGACAAGAGCUGUGGCCAAUCAAAGUUACUGCGUGAAAUUACCGGAUGGACUGGCCAUGGAAGAUGCAUCCACUAUGCUGUCGGUUUACGCCACUGCACUAUACUCUUUCCUCCGCGUUGGGGCGCUUCAGGCUGGCCAGAGCGUUCUAAUUCAUUCGGCAUGCGGAGGUGUCGGACAAGCUGCUAUUCAUGUUUGUCGAGCUUUGGAGGCAAAGAUCUAUGCCACGGUCGGAAACGAAGAAAAGGUGCAGUAUCUGGUUGAUCAUUUCGGUUUUAGCCGAUCAAACAUCUUCCACUCAAGAGACGAAUCAUUUGUGGACGACCUGAUGCGCGAGACGAACGGGCGCGGCGUUGACAUCGUCCUCAACUCGUUGGCAGGAAAACUCCUUCAUGCCUCAUGGAGAUGUGUUGCUCCAUUCGGCAAGAUGAUCGAACUCGGAAAACGAGACUUUCUGACAAACGGCAUUCUUGAUAUGGCGCCAUUCCUCGCAAAUCGUGCUUUUGUGGGCGUAGAUAUGCUAGAGCUUGGUCAACAAGAUCUAAACACGUGGGAAUGGUUGACCCAGCAAUUCAAGGCUUGGUAUGAAGAGGGUAAGAUCAAACCCAUUCAUCCCAUCAGAAUUUUCGAGGCUGCAGAAGUCUCGAGUGCAUUUCGGUAUAUACAGAAGGGUUCCCAUAUCGGCAAGAUCUUGGUCAAGAUGCCCGGUUCGCCGGAUGAGCUCCCAUCUGCACCCGCUCCCUCGGCCUGUAGCUUCUCUCCCACUGCAUCUUAUCUAUUGGUUGGUGGGCUUGGCGGGCUCGGGCGCUCUGUGUCAAAUUGGAUGGUUGAGCGAGGUGCUCGCGAGAUUGUUUAUCUCUCUCCCUCCGCUGGCCAGUCAGAGAGCAAUCGCCUCUUCGGUGAAGAACUCAGACUCCAGGGCUGUGAGGCUAUAUUCGUCUCCGGAGACGUGGCGGUGCUUGAAGACGUACAGAAGGCGAUUACGAGAUGCACGAAGCCUUUGGCAGGAGUCAUGCUCUUGUCUAUGGUCCUACGAGAUCAAACCUAUUCCAAGAUGAGCUACGAGGACUGGACCACAUGCCUAGACCCCAAGGUGCAAGGGGCCUGGAACCUACACCAUGCUGUCCAGGAUCAAGGUCUCGACUUUUUCGUCGUGUUCAGCUCUAUAUCCGCGGUCAAUGGCUUCACAGGCCAGGCCAAUUAUGCCGCCGCCAACUCAUUCUUGUCGGCUUUCACUAAAUAUCGUCGACAGCUUGGUCUAGCGUCGUCCAUUCUCGAUCUCGGCCCGGUCGAAGACGUGGGUACGCUCAGAACCAACGCGAAAUAUCUCCACACUCUGCGCCGCAACGGCAUCCGCAUGCUGAACGAGCAGGAAGUCCUCCUAGGCCUCGAAGUCGCGAUCUGGCAAUCCGUCAGCCACGAUGACGAUCUUACCAGUCAGAAUUUGAUUUCCAAUCCGGCCAUCGUCGGCCUCGGCAGCACCAAGCCCUUCACCGACUCCACGAUCCGGACAACCUGGCGCCGAGAAGACCCCCGUUUCGCGCUGUACGCGAACAUGGACCUGAAGGGGUCGCGGCAUGGGGUCGAGAACAACGAGCUGCGGACAAUCGCGGACGCGAUCCAACGCGAUCCGUCGUUGGCCGAUGACCCGCGGACGAGAAAAAUGAUCAUUCUCGAGAUGGGCAGGAUGAUCCUUCCGCAGAUCGCGUCGGACGACGAGGCCGCGCAGACGCAGUGCGAAAGUAUCAAGAUCGAUUCCCUUAUGGCUAUCGAAAUCAAGGCGUGGGCGCGACGGGUGCUGACCUUGGAUAUUAGUCUGGUGGAUAUCGGCAAGGCGGCCACCGUGGGCGGGCUGGCGGUUCUGUGUCUUGAGCACCUUAAGGCUCGGUAUGAGAAGGGGUAG